AUGAACUGGUUCUAUGCCAGCACGAUGAAGACAUUAGCCGACCUUAAUAGCCUGGUUGAAGAUGUCAUAUUGGCGCCAGACUUCAGCCAGAAUGAUUUGCAGGGAUUUGAUGCGAGACGUGAGGCGAAGCGUCUCGAUUCAGUGGGUGUCGACAUGCCUUCCUUUACAUCAGAUGGCUGGAAAGAAGAUUUUAUCACGCUGAACCUCCCUCAGACUGGUUUUUGUUUUCCAUCAGAAGAAGAUGCUCCGACUCUUGAAAUUCCUGGGGUUUGGCAUCGACCGUUGCUGGAUGUCAUCAUCGCUGCUUUCCAGGAUACCUCUGCACUCGAUUUUCACAUGAAGGGAUUUUGCCAGAUGUGGCUGAGACCAGACGGAUUGACUGAGUGUGUGUAUGGAGAAGCGUACACAUCAGAUGUCUUCCUUGACAUGGAGAAGCAGAUUAUGCCAGAGCCAGGAUGCACAUUGGAGACUGUGAUCGCUCCCAUGAUGCUUCAGUCUGACAGCACACACCUCGCUAAUUUUGGCACGGCGUCUCUUUGGCCAGCAUAUCUCGGUCUUGGCUUGAUGUCGAAAUACACGUGUGCAAUGCCGACAUCCUUUGGUAACCAUCAUGUGGCAUAUUUUCCAUCGCUUCCAGAUAAUAUUCAGGACGUUUAUAUUGGUAUAUUUGGAAAGCCCGCCUCCAGUGAUCUCAUUACGUUCCUCAAACGCGAGCUGAUGCAAAAAAUAUGGGCCCUGCUUCUUGAUGCUGAGUUCAUGCAUGCCUACGUACAUGGCGUCGUCAUUGAAUGUGCCGAUGGAGUCAAACGUCGCAUCUACCCCUGGUUUUUCACCUAUUCAGCUGAUUAUCCUGAGAAGUGUCUCUUGGCAAGUAUAAAAGCCCUUGGACACUGUUUAUGUCCCAGAUGCCUCAUUCCGAAGGAAAAGGUACCAGAAAUGGGUACAAAAAGAGAUAUAGCUCGGCGAGAGAAUAAAGGUCAGGAGGAUUCGACACUGAGACACUAUGAUAUUGCAAUGGUUAGGAAAUGGAUUUUUAUCAAGGGUUUUCCAGUUGGCGGAGCGCAGGUUGAAAAGGUUCUGCAUCCAGUGUCGUUAACACCUCAUAAGAACGCAUUUUCGGAAGCUUUGCUACCACAUGGCUUCAAUUUUUAUCAAAUGUUCGUUCCAGACCUCAUGCAUGAAUCAGAGAGCGGGAGCUGGAAAUCGACUCUCAACCGUCGAUUUCGUUCUCUCCCAACUUUUGGACGCUCGACGAUUCGUAAGUUUAGCAAUGACGUUUCUGGACAGAAAAAAAUGGCGGCUAGAGACUAUGAAGAUGUCCUUCAGUGCUUGCUUCCUUGUUUUGAGGGGCUUCUACCUGAUGCAGAAGACAAGUCUGUGCUCAACGUGAUCUUUGACUUUGCGACAUGGCAUGCUCUGGCAAAAAGUCGGAUACAUAGUGACUUGAGCCUUGCUUUUCUCCAUGCUGUCACAUCUUCUCUUGGUCGCCAGCUUCGACAGUUUGCUAUGACAGUCUGCCCGCAGUUCAAAACAAAGGAAACUCCUGUGGCAAAGAAGGCACAAUCUAAUCCAGUCAAAGCCGCUCAAAGCAAACCCCCACCUAGCGAUACACGACAAACCACCAAGGCAUUCAAUCUCCAGACAUAUAAGCUACACUCAUUGGGAGACUAUGUGCGGACUAUCAUCAUGUUUGGUACUACCGACUCGUAUAGUACACAGAUUGGAGAACAAGAGCAUCAUCGUGUCAAAUUAUUCUAUGCCCGCACCAAUAAGCGCAACCAUGUAAAGCAGAUCGCAAUACUUGAACAUCGCCAAAAACGGCUUCGCCAUAUCCAUACUCGACGUGCUACGAGGAAGAAGGCAAUGCGCAAAGGACCAGAUCUGUGCCCUCACGAGAAGGACCCUCUCCCUAAAGGCAACCCAGAGGACCGUUAUCAGAUGUCGGCAUCCAGACAUUAUCCCCUCAACCUUCAUACUUGGCUUGCAGAGAAUCGCGGUGAUCCUGCUAUUGUUGACUUCAUCCCGAAGCUGAAGGACCAUAUUUUACGAUGCAUUCCCGGAAUCAAGAUAGCCGACACUGAGGAGACUACUCCCAAACAAUGA